AUGCAUGCAUCAAGCAAGCAAGCCAUCGUUGAGUUUAGCACAUCGAAAAGUCGUCCCUCGUACAGCACCUUACCAAGAUCCAGCACCAGACAAACCAUUGUCGAUAGUAAGAAAAGAUUGCUGUCGAAGGUCUCUGUUCUCGGUUUACUAGGGAGUCGUGUGUUCUUUCAUAAACGUGGUGAUCGGGUGAAGAUCCCGAGAUAUCAAAACACCUAUCGUCUCGAACCAUUUCACGCCUUCCAUGCACACGACGUUGAUAUUCUUGUGAAAAAUAUCAUGGAGAGAAAAUUGGAGACAGUGACAGCUUACGAUCCGAAUCAGACGUCCAAAUGGUGCAUGGACAUUGGAACCGAUAUACAAAAAGCAAUCUUCAAGAAGGAUUACGACAGGUAUAAAAUAGUGACGCAGGUGGGUAUUAUACAACGUCUUGAUCAAAGCAUUCACACGAGCUUCCAGUGUCUCUGGGACGUGGAACGUGACAAUUAUUCCUACUACGUUUAUGAGAACAACCACAUAUACGCUUGGUGUAGCGUGUUCGGUAUAUAUUACGAGUAA